AUGUUCCUGUUUUCUUCGCUCCCUCUCCUUCUCCUGAGUGUGAUGACAGCAUGUUGUUCAGAAAACUGUGAAGAAGUUCAAAAGACCUGCCAUAUGAUUACCUGUGGUUCCCCAGGCAUCAAUGGCCUCCCAGGUGCCAAAGGAGAAAAGGGAGAACCAGGCCAAGGGCUCAGAGGCUUGCAGGGUCCUCCUGGAAAACUGGGACCUGCAGGAAACCCAGGGCCUCCUGGGGUGCCAGGAGUAAUGGGUCCAAAAGGAGAUCCUGGAGAGAAUUCACAUUAUGAUGGUGACCUGCCUGCUUCAGAAACAGAAGCUCUGCGAUCAGAACUGGACCGUAUCAAACAGUGGCUGAUUUUCUCUCUGGGCAAAAAAGUUGGGAAGAAGCUCUUCUUCACCAGUGGUGAAAAGAUGCCCUUUGAAAGAGUGAAGGCUGUGUGUGCCCAGUACCGGGGUUCUGUGGCCACCCCGAGGAAUGCUGAAGAGAACACAGCCAUCCAGAAUGUGGCCAAAGACGAGGCCUUCCUGGGCAUCACUGAUGAGGAAACCGAAGGCCAGUUCGUGGAUCUGACAGGAAGACAUCUGACCUACAGUAACUGGAGUAACGAUGAGCCCAAUAACGCUGGCAAUGAAGACUGUGUGAUGCUCCUGAGUGAUGGCAAGUGGAACGACAUCUCCUGUUCUGUCUCCCACCUGGCAGUCUGCGAAUUCCCUGCCUGA